GAUUGCCCUUAAAUAUUUUUACUCUCACUUUCACUCUCUCCCUCUUUCCUCCUCCCUUACUUUCCUGUCAUACGUACGUCAACCAGCGUCGCCAACCCUAGUCACUUCAAUUCACCAACAACACGAAAGGUUCCGUUGACUGCAUUCUCUUCUUCUUCGAAUCCUCUCAGCUUCGAGGCCUAUCGUGAUCGAUCGCUCUCCCAGGCCAACAUGCCUCCGUCCAUCUCCCUUUCCCUUCUCCACAAUCUCGAAUCUUCCCUCUCAUCGCACGAUUUCUCGCUCCUGAGCUUACUCUUUCUCCUCUCGGGCGCUUUCGCAAUUGGCUUUUGGGCAUGGUGUCGUUUCGCAGAGAAGAAGAACUCGCCGCCGCUGCCACCGGGACCGGCCGGUCUCCCCCUCGUCGGGAACCUGCCUUUCCUCGACCCGGAGCUCCACACCUACUUCGCAACCCUCGCGAUGACGUACGGCCCCAUCCUGAAGCUCCAGCUUGGCAAGAAGCUCGGUAUCGUCGUGACGUCCCCAGCCACCGCCCGCGAGGUGCUCAAGGAUAACGACGCCACGUUCGCCAACCGCGACGUGCCCAUCGCUGGGAGGGCCGCGUUCUACGGCGGGUCAGACAUCUUGUGGAAUCCGUACGGGCCCGAGUGGAGGAUGUUCCGAAAGGUGUGCGGCCUCAAGAUGCUGAGCAACCACACGCUGGACUCCGUCUACGGGCUCCGGCGGAGGGAGGUCCGAAGGACCGUGGGGUACUUCCUGCUCCGGGCCGGGUCGCCGGUGAACGUUGGGGAGCAGAUGUUCUUGACGGUGCUUAACGUGAUCACGAGCAUGCUGUGGGGUGGGACGGCGCAGGGCGAGGAGAGAGAGAGCUUGGGUGCUGAUUUCAGGCAGGCAGUGUCAAAUCUUACAAAACUUCUCGGGAGGCCAAACAUUUCGGACUUUUAUCCGAGUCUGGCUCGAUUUGAUUUACAAGGGAUAGAGAGGCAGACGAAGGGUUUGGCGAAGCGGUUUGAUGGAAUAUUUCAGAAGGUGAUUGAUCAGAGGUUAAAGAUGCAGAGAGAAAAUGGAAGCGAGUCCUUGGACGGUGGCGAGGAGAACAAAGAUUUCUUGCAGUUUCUAUUGAAGUUGAAGGAUGAGGAAGAUGCCCAGACUCAGCUAACCAUGACUGGCCUCAAAGCUCUGCUUAUGGACAUGUUGAUUGGUGGAACAGACUCAUCCUCCAACACAAUCGAGUUUGCCAUGGCUGAGAUCAUAAAUAAACCCAAAGUUCUGCGAAAAAUCCAGCAAGAAUUGGAAACUGUGGUAGGCAAAGGCAACGUAGUAGAAGAAUCUCACAUCCCUAAAUUGUCUUACUUGCAAGCUGUCAUGAAAGAGUCGCUGAGAUUGCACCCGCCAGUUCCCCUGUUGAUCCCGCAUUGCCCGAGCGCGACGUGCACCGUCGGAGGCUACACUGUCCCGAUGGGCUCUCGGGUCUUCAUCAACGUGUGGGCAAUACACAGGGACCCUUUGAUUUGGAGGGACCCGUUAGAGUUCGAUCCUGAGAGGUUCUUGCACAGUGAGGGCAAUUACAAUGAGCACGACUUCAAUUACUUCCCUUUCGGGUCUGGGAGAAGAAUGUGCGUGGGAGUACUGAUGGCGGAGAGGAUGGUGCUAUACUCGCUCGCCACGCUCCUGCACUCCUUUGAUUGGAAGCUGCCCGAGGGGGAGAAGAUGGAUCUAACAGAGCAGUUUGGGAUCGUCAUGAAGAAGAAAAAGCCUCUAAUGGCUGUUCCGUUGCCGAGGUUCUCUGAUUCUCGGCUUUAUGAAUGAGAUACUAGUGGAGUGCAUAAUAUGCCCCGUCGCAUCUUGGUAUGGUUUCUUUAUAUAAGCUUAUUUGUCUGGAAUAAAGGAAAAUGUGUAUCCACCUAUCUUGAUAUGGUCUAUUAAACAUCAGUCGAUGCGGUUUUAUUUGAUCAAGUUUAUAUGUUGCAGUGUCAAAUGAUUUUAAAAUAAAAGAGAAUUCCCAUUAUGUACUUUCUAUCCACUGUCCGUCGAGAAUUUCGCCGUUGACAUGCAAUGUUCAGACAAUAUGAUGCAUGUGCAUCUCUGAUUCUUCUGUAGGAUGUGAGCAACA